AUGGCCGCCGUCGCUGCUGACCAGAAGCCCUCUGGCGCCGCUCUGUAUGCGCGCUUCGCCUUCGCCGGCGCUGUCUGCUGCAGUGUCACCCACGGUGCUGUCACUCCUCUGGAUGUUGUCAAGACCCGUAUCCAGCUCGACCCGGUUACCUACAACCGUGGUAUGAUCGGUGGUUUCCGCCAGGUCAUCCAGAACGAGGGUGCUGGCGCUCUCCUGACUGGUCUCGGCCCUACCGCCGCCGGUUACUUCCUCCAGGGUGCCUUCAAGUUCGGUGGUUACGAGUUCUUCAAGCAGCAGUCCAUCAACUACUUCGGCUAUGAGACCGCCAAGAACAACCGCACUGCUGUCUACCUCGCCUCCUCCGCCUGCGCUGAGUUCAUGGCCGACAUUGCCCUCUGCCCCCUUGAGGCUACCCGUAUCCGUCUCGUCUCCCAGCCUUCCUUCGCUUCCGGCCUUGUGAGCGGCUUCGGCCGUAUCCUCAAGGAGGAGGGUGUUGGCGCUUUCUACUCUGGAUUCGGCCCCAUCCUGUUCAAGCAGGUUCCCUACACCAUGGCUAAGUUCGUCGUCUUCGAGAAGGUCUCUGAGUCCAUCUACGCCUCCGUUGACAAGGAGACCCUUACCGACGGUGCCAAGACUGGUAUCAACCUUGGCUCCGGUCUCAUUGCUGGUCUUGCUGCCGCUCUCGUCUCCCAGCCCGCCGACACCAUGCUGUCCAAGAUCAACAAGACCCAGGGUCUCCCCGGUGAGGGCACCAUGUCCCGUCUUUUCAAGAUCGGCAAAGAGCUUGGUCUCCGUGGCUCCUACUCCGGCAUUGGUGCUCGUCUCUUCAUGGUCGGCUCCCUCACUGCUGGUCAGUUCGCCAUCUACGGUGACAUCAAGCGUGUUCUCGGUGCCACCGGUGGUGUUGAGAUUGGCAAAUAG